GCAACUCUUGUCUGAGACCCCUUCGCAAGAACUCAAGAACUGCGACAAGAAUAAAUAAAAUAGAAGAACAAGCCAGGGUCGGAUCUCUACUGUCGUCAUCAGAGUCGGGGUUUUUUCUUAAUUGCUUAACAAUGUCUGAUGAUGAAGUCGACCUCGAACUGCUUGCAUUUCUCCGCCAGCAUCUGCAAGGGAAGCCCAAGAUCGAGGACGAACCCGAGACCGGCGUCCUCGAAAGUGCAGAAUAUGUUUACGACAACAGUAUCGACGUUGCCGUGGACAUGCGGGCAACCAAGAACGCCGCAGCCCUGAUUCACCAACAGAUGCAGGAAAAAGAGUAUUCAACAGCAACAUGGUCAGAGCACGAGCUACACCCAAAGACCAAGGAUGAAACGACACUGGCUUUCAUUUUCGUCAUGGAUCUUCUCAAUUUCUCAUUUUGGUCGUUGAGGCCCGAGGAAGAUCGAUUCGCCGUUGAGUACCAGGAGAAGAGAUGGACCGGCUACUGGAGCCUAGUCGCCUCAUUGCAGCGCGCCUUGGACGAAGGGAUUCCCAUACUCGAUCCUCACUAUUGGCAAGAUGAGGGAGAGUGCACCCUCGAUUCCUUACGCCAAGUCUUCCGAUCUUGUACAGACGAGGAAAUCCCUCUGUUGGAAUCACGCUUGUCGUGCCUGAGAGAGGCUGGACAAGUGUUAUACGAGAAGUACUCGUGUAGCAUCACCAAAUUGAUCGAAUCAGCCAACGGUUCCGCUGCAAGGCUAGUCAACACCCUGGCCAGCGACUUUCUUUGCUUCAGAGAUGAACACCACUUUGAUGGCCGGCGGAGGCCUGUUCGCCUGCUUAAGCGGGCUCAGAUUUUCGUCGCCGACGUUUGGGCUUGCUUCAAUGGUGAAAGCUGGGGGGAGUUCAACGACAUCGACAAGAUCACCAUGUUUGCCGACUACCGGGUACCGCAAAUUUUGGCCACCUUGGGUUGCAUAGGCUAUAGUCCGCCAUUGCAGUCUCUGAUAAGCCGCGGAGAGAUGAUUGAGAAUGGUAGUCGACACGAAAUGCAACUUCGAGCGACAAGUAUCUGGUGUGUCGAACUGAUCCGAAGAGAGAUCAAGCGAGAGCAUCCAGAUGCUAAAGUCAACGCUAUACUGAUUGAUUUCUUCUUGUAUGACACGAUGAAGCAACUGGAAGCACAAGGCAAGGAGAGCAUGCCACACCACCGAACACGGAGCAUAUGGUACUGAAUAAGGGCAACGUCUUCAUAUUUCCUGCUCUUAGGGUCAGGGCAAUAGGUAGUCAUGGGGCCGGAUCAAGUCCGAAAGAGUUGCUCAUGUGCGUCGUUGCAAUUCGAGGCUUCCCGAAAAACUUGCUCAACACUGCCACAAUCUCAUCCGCCGAGAGCAAAACUUUACCCCAUGUACUGCAGAGACGAACAUCAAUCCCCUUCUUGACCCAAGGCUAUAUAGGGCUAAAUGAAAGGACCUCCACUAACAC